UCCAUAUCAAGAAGAAACCAAUUAAAUGUCUAUGAAAUUAGAAGGUAAUUAAGGAAAAGUUAGUAUAAUACUCGUCAUACAUAUAUAAACCUAGAUUAAUUACCUCUAUCAUUCAUUCAUAAAUCAUAAUAACUCUUCUCCAAGCGCUGUUCAAAAAGAAAAAAACUCUUCUCCAAGCAGGUCGCCAAUAAGUGAACCAUCGAUCAGAUAUGGACUAUGAAAGAACCGUUACUCUUCACAUUGAUCGUUUUCGUAAUUGUGACACAUGGAUAGGACGUGUCGCAACCAAGCUGCGUGAAAUGGGUGGAGUGAAAAUGCUAGUGAUGGAUUAUGCGAGAGCAUAUUUCACCAUCUCUACCGCCCGACAUCCUGAAGACAUCAGAGCCACUCUCGAGCGUACGUUUCAGACUAAUGUUAUCAUUGUAUCAGAAAAUCAAACCAGCAGCCCACCUCCAAAUUUAGUGCCAACCAGCUUUAACAGCAACCUACAUGGUUCGGUGAUCAAUCAAAAUCCUAAUUCGUUGUCUAGUGUUAGUUAUGGCGCUAUAAAUGCUGAUCUAAUUACAGCUGUCUUGGACACCUACAAGCCUGAGGAAUUGGUCAUACUACAGUCGACUACAUUCAAGUACCCCAUUCCCAACAACAAUGUGAAUCGACGUAAUUCUAGCUUAGCAUCUACUCAUCAUGACUAUAAUAGUCAAGGGUCAGGUGGUAUUCGUAUCAGAAAUGAUGAUGGGUAUGUUCCUCCACCACGACCCUCAUCAUAUACACAAACCGCUCAGCCAUAUGCACCACCUAUCCACAUGGCUCAAGGGCAAGACUAUCCGUGGUUGUAUGACUAUCAUGGCGUCUCUACAAAUCCUAGGGAUGACCAUGAUGAUCCAGCAUGCUGUUGCACCAUUAUUUGACAAUUUUUUUGAUUAUUGGUUUUUAUGGUUUGGAAUUUAGAUCACAUUUGGAGCUAGUUAAAUCUUCGAUUUAUAAUGUUGGUUUGAAAUUGUUUUGUUUUCAGUAUGCUAGUAUUAAUAA